GCCAGAGGGUAAAACCGUUUAAUUCAGUAAUCCACGUUUGUACAUYGGUAGUAUUUAAGAUGUGUGAUAUCUUUAAAUUCACGCCAACAUCGCCAUCUGUUUCCACACAACUUGACAAAAUGAUGGACAGUUUCAUUUUGUGUUGACUUUGAAAAUGUCACUUACGUAAAAGUUGUAUUUGGACGCCUAGUAUUAACAUGGUCUGAACUCCCUCUACUUUACUAACCAAAAAACUUGAUAUAAGGCGUUGGUUACAUAACGUGUAUAAUGGUCAAAUUUAAGAGGUAAAAACUUCCAAAAGAUAACUUUUAUCGAUUUCUUUUUUAACAUUAUUGACACAAAAAGAAAAUUUCCGUUUGGAGCAAUUUUGUUCCCCUGAGGCGGCAAAAGGAAGUUCAAAUCAGUGAGCAAAAACGUUUUUGAUCGAUUUACUGUGUGGUUUAAAAGCAACGGAGAAGAUUUGUAUCAGCCCGUGGUCUGAUUUCCCGGAAAGAAAUAAGUCGGUGUUUUUGUGGACCAGCUGCCAAAGUAGGAGAGACGAAGCUCACAUGUCCACUUCCAGUCUUGGCAAACCAAACGCUUCCAUGAAUAUYAACGAGUCGACGAGUCUUACUACUUGCAGCCAGCCCACUACUGUUGAAAAUAUCGCCAAUGGRUUGUUUCUUAUCUUCAUAGCACUGGUUACAGUAGCGGGAAACUCUUCGAUUUGUUUUGCUAUAUUAUGGAAYAACUCUCUACAUAGAUUUACUAACUAUAUCGUCGUAUCGUUUGCUAUUUCGGAUUUAAUGGUGGGGAUUUUUUCGCUGCCUUUUCGCAUCCAUCAAACUUUACACAACACGGCGUGGUGUUUAGGCGAAAACGCAUGUAUCUUUUGGGUCUGGGUCGACCUGUUUUGUCGAACUGCCGCUUUUGCAAACCUUGCUCUCAUAGCAUUGGAUCGGUUUAUAGCUACGAAAUAUCCMCACACAUACCAUCGUAAAAUCACUACUUGGUCUGGGUGUUGCUGCCUGGUCAUUGUCUGGYUGGAUGCUCUUAUCGUCUCUACGUCAAGUCUAACUAACUGGACUUUACCUGAUGCAUUGGUCUUUGGUCAUAAUAAUCUUGGCUGUUCCAAGACACCAGACGCGUAUUUCUACACGUUCUCUGCAGUGGUAGGGUUCUUUCUACCUUUGUGUAUUAUUGGAUUAUCGUAUUCAUAUGUACUAAAGGUAGCAGUAUCAAACUGGAAAGCAAAAUCUAAGGCUGCAGUCAACCCCAUACCACCCCCCAUCGUAGAUGGAAACAGAACUAGUGAUAGGAUAGCUUUAGUACGUGAGAUCAAAGCAGCACAGACUCUUGCAAUAGUCAUUGGAUCGUUUUUGGUAUGUUGGUUGCCAGUCUUUGUMAUUGUUCUUGUGUUAUAUUGGUGUUCGACGUGUUUCAAGGGGGUUAACAAACCCGUUAAYAUWAUCUUUGUUUAUAUUCUUCCUAACAUCACUAGUGCCUUAAAUCCCAUUAUUUUCUUCAUCUUCAGCCGUAAACUCAGAGAAGCUUUUUUAAAGUUUUGUAAUUCGAUAACAAAAGUAGUGAGUCGCUAUUAACAAACAAUUAAAGCAGUUGUAUAAACCAAAAUGCAAUAAAAGGUCCAACAAUCAACA